AUGCACGAACAAAACCCUCUUCAGGUGCAGUUCACAUCUCCGAACCAGAGAGAGCGUCGACUCCCACUCGUGCUAAUCCAUGAUGGAGGCGGCACAUCCUUUACCUACUUCCUUCUUGACAGCUUACACCGUGAUGUUUGGGCCAUCCAUAACCCCCACUACCAUACGGGGGAAGUUUGGCCGGGGGGCAUGGUGGAGAUGGCGCGCCAUUACAUCGGCCUGAUGCUCAUGGCUGGUCUCAGUGGCCCCAUCUUGCUAGGAGGGUGGUCUCUCGGGGGUCUUCUUGCGCUCACGAUAUCUCAGAUACUCGCUAAACGCCCUCGGUCAAAAGUUUCAGUUGCCGGACUAUUACUUGUCGAUUCCCCACAUCACACCCCUUGGUCCGAGCUGGCAGUCCCCACGUCAAAGCCCGACCUUGGUAAGGUCCCAGAGCUCGUACAAAGGUCCUUCGAUAACUGCCAAGGCCUCCUAGACACAUGGAAGCUUCUCCCUUGGGACAGGCCUACAUGUGGAGGCAAAAGCGUAUAUGUGACCGUUGCCGACGAGAAAUUUCAUCUACGCAGCAACGAGGUCAUUUACAAACCCGCUCGUGGUCAAUGGCGGACUAUGGAGACGCGAACAUUUGACGGGAUACAUAUGCUGUCGCGUCAGCCUAUUUCCCCUCCACCUGCCGUUCUAAUCAAGUGCGUGCAACAUGUGCCAGCGCAGGGGAGCGCGAACGAUCCAUAUCAGGUGGAUUUGCUCCGUGAUGAGCCUCUGCUGGGUUGGGAGGGUCACCACCUCGAAUUUAUCAAAGCUGUCAUCGAAGCGGACGCGCACCAUUACAACAUAUUUCAAUUUCCCAACAUCACUCAAAUCACGAAGCAACUCAAUGAGGGGCUAGAAAUCCUUGACAGCCUUCGUGUUCUGGAGCCUGAGAUCAAGGGUAACGCCCAGGCGUGUUGCCAUGAUUUCUCUGUAGGAAAACAGCAGUCAGGAGAGAUUAGCACUGCGCUCCAGAAGAACUAA